CGUGGCAGAGAAGAAAAACUAUUGACCGAAAGAGUAACAGUCUGUCCUGGGACACUCUGAAAAUCUAGUCUCUGUUUUGUUUCACUGAACAUGUUUUUUCAUUUUAUUGUUGUGUAUUGAUAAACAAUCUGUCUGUCGUAUGUAACGCAGCUGUAAUGGCCGCCAUGCUCACCUUUUAACUCUGUUGUGAGUCAGUGUUUUUGAUGGCGGCUCCUGUGUUGAGGACCUUAAGUGUGAGUACACAGAUUCACUUUUCAUAAAGGGGAAAAAAAGACAAAAGACGAUGAUGACAAUAUCAACUGGGUCCCAGUGGCCCUGUCUUGUAGAUGGGCCCUUAAAAUCCAGCUCUAAAACCUUAAUUACUGUUGUUUACAUGAUGCAUAGUAAAGUUGUGUUUGAUCAAAUUUACACACACUAAUUUCUACACAGGAAACUGGGGCCAGGUGGUAUUAUUCCAACAUAAGAGUUGGUUCAUGGGUCUCUAAUAAAGCUGCCAUCUAUAGCAUGCAGGUUGUUCUGUAUUUCAUGGUCCCCUGUACACCCCCAACAAGUUAAUCCAGCCAUGCCCAUCUAUCCUAACUAACUAUGGUAAUUUUGAGAUAUUUGUACUUUACUUGAGUGUUAAUUUUUUUUUGCUAUGUUAUACUUCUACUCCACUACAUUUCAGAGGCAAAACUUACCUGAUUACUAUUACUAGUUACUUUUCUGAUUAAGCUUUUUCAUGCAGAACAGAUGAUGAGCCUAUAGGCCUAUGCAUUGUUAUAGAUUAAACACUCAACUGUAUAUAGUUUCAAGUAGCUCCACUUCAACCAGCUACAACAGUAAUAUGCUAUUUACGAAUUAAUGCCACAGUAAGAAUAACCCAAUAACUUAGUGUAUGAUUAUGGUAUUAUAACUCUGAGUGAUGGGCCACUUUUUUGUAUUAUAAGUACUUUUACUUUUGAUAUCCAGUUAGGUGCAUUUUGCUGAUGAUACUUGGCUAUGUUUGGCCAUGUUAAAUAAGGUCACAAGUAUACCUUUUCCCACUGACUCCUGUAUUUUAAGGAGGCUGAAGUUUUUAAUUGUAGGUUUUUUUAAAAAUAUAUUUCAUUCAAAUGGUACAUUGCCUCUUCCACAUUUCCACAAUCCCUUUUGAUGUUGUUUAUGUUUCAUUUUAGAUUCUAGUUUAUUUAUUUACAUCAUAUAAACUUGUUCUAAUUUUGUCAUGUACUCUCAUCUCAUCUCCCCCUGCCAAAAGGCUGGUUGGAGGAAUGCAAAACGUGAGCUACUGGCAUUUUAUGAAAAGAAAGAAAGAAAGGAAGAAAGAAAGUGUGUGCUCUAAAAAUUACUUUUUGGCGACAGGUGGCAGAAGUUCAAUAUGCCAAUGACACGGCAACCACAGAAGAAGAUGUCACUUCCGUGUCAACACCGGUAGUGACAGGAAGCUGUUAAAGCUGAACGCUUGUUUACAUCUGUGUCAAGUGAGCAACGACGAUGUACAGAAAGAACGGUCUUAAAAACAAAGCAAAUAUAGUGAUAGUUUGUAAAAGAGAUAUCACAUUUUAUGCAUUCACUAAAGACCAUUGUUUCCAAUAAUAAAAAGAAGAAGCGUUGCAGACGUUUUUAAUGACAUUUUAUUUUGAAGAGUCAGCGGAAGUACCACCUUCUCGUAUCACUCGAGACUCAACGGUUGAACUGAUAUCAGACGUGGAGUUAAGACAACCGGGCAGUGGACAGAUAACAGCUUCACUAAUCCGUAAUGAAAGAUGUCCAGAGUCCCAAGGAGUCAUCAGUGGGACGGUCUUCCUCAUCAUCCUCUUCUGCUUCAUCCCAGUGCCUUUCCUUAGCUGCUUUGUAGGAGAUCAGUGCAUGGGCUUCCCACAUGAUGAGUUUGUACAGCUGAUUGGUGCACUUCUAGCCAUCUGUUGCAUGAUCUUCCUGGGCUUUGCUGAUGACGUGCUGAACCUGCGGUGGAGACACAAGCUCCUGCUUCCCACCAUGGCAUCCCUGCCGCUGCUCAUGGUCUAUUUUACCAACUUCGGCAACACGGUCAUCGUGGUGCCCAAGCCCUUCAGAGCCCUGCUUGGGCUGCACCUGGACAUGGGUAUCCUCUACUACGUCUACAUGGGAAUGCUUGCAGUAUUCUGCACAAAUGCCAUCAACAUCCUAGCAGGCAUCAACGGCAUCGAGUCAGGUCAAGCCCUGUUUAUCUCCGGCUCCAUCAUCGUCUUCAACCUGCUGGAGCUCGGUGGAGAUUACCGUGAUGACCAUGUUUUCUCCCUCUACUUCAUGAUACCAUUCUUCUUCACCACAUUAGCACUUUUUUACCACAACUGGUACCCCUCAUCUGUGUUUGUGGGAGACACUUUCUGCUACUUUGCUGGGAUGACCUUUGCUGUAGUCGGCAUCUUAGGACACUUCAGCAAAACAAUGCUGCUGUUCUUCAUUCCUCAAGUGGUUAACUUUGUCUACUCCUUGCCUCAACUUUUUCACAUCAUCCCCUGUCCCAGACACCGGCUCCCCAGGCUGAAUCCAGACACAGGCAAACUCGGGAUGAGCUACUCCAAAUUCAAAAGAAAGGACCUCUCUAAAUUAGGACACCUCAUUCUGAAGGUGGCAGAGUUAUUGAAGCUGCAAGAGGUGCGAAGAGGCCAGGAGGGAGAUGAUGAUUUUAUUGAGUGCAACAACAUGACCUUAAUAAAUCUGGUACUGAAAUUACUCGGUCCCACCCAUGAGAGAAACCUCACAGUCAUCAUGCUAAUCAUACAGGUCAUGGGCAGUGCAGUGGCUUUUGGGAUCCGUUAUCAUCUGGUGCGUCUCUUCUACGACGUCUAGACAGCUCUCCGGGAAAGAGGAGAGAAUCCUGACUGAGAAAAUACGAUAUUGUUAUGGAACUAUUUUACAGGCUCGUGGUUCAUCUGCCUUUUAAUAGAGUCCAUUACCUCACCGUUAUUUUUCUGCCUCAGACUCUGCCUGCUGUAAAGACCCAGUGCAAGGUUUAAAGCUAUAUUUCACUUUGGUAGAACAUUUUCACAUACAAGCAUAAACAGCAAAGGGUCUGACAUCAACAGCAGUACGGUUUGUUAUUCUCCUGUUUUCAGUAAUUACAAGCAGGGAAAUGUAACUGGAUCUUAAUUAUCUUGUGUGUUCACCCUGAAAGUAUAUUUUUGUACUUGGUUUUUUAAAGGAAAGUACAGUAAGUGGGGAUGACUUCUGCUCUUCAGGGCAGCCGACAUGAAGAGCUGGCUGCUACUAAAUUGUUACCAUCUGAUAACAGAUUUAUGGAUGUAUGUAAAAAAAAAAAUAUAUAUUAAAAUAUUCACACAGUGGUCCAUUGCUUGAAUCUGCUGUUGAAGUAAAAAUGGCCUAGGGAAAAUGUACCCACUCACACUUUGUUUUGCAUAACUAUCAAUCCAAGCAACAUGGGUGGGAAAGUUAGUACCAUUUUGUUUGUUUGUUUGUUUGUUUGUUUACCUCAGAACAAACACACACUGAAUGGUGAUUGUGAAGAAAAGAUAAGGAGGCUAUAAUCAGUAUUUUUAUGACUGAUAUGCAUUUUUUCCCCCCCAAGGGUUCAGCAGACACGUGACAAUGUGAAGUCAACUGGCACUGGACUAUUUUGCUUAGGAAUGUAACUACAAGCGGGAAACUGUUUACUGUUGAUGAAAGGCUCAAACAGAAAUAAAAGCUGAGAAAAUUAAAAUAUAA